CAGGUGGAAAUGUGCAAGGGGACACACGCUCAACAACUUGCUGUAUCGGUGAAGACUCAAGACUGGUUGCAGCGCACUCCCUUCAAGCAGAGGAGAAUGAACGAGGAUGGAGAUGGCCAAAUCACGCAAGAAGAGGAGGAGGGCGACAUAGAGUUCUUUGCGGCCACCCCACAUGCCACAGGCUCUGGACUCUUGCUCCAAGACCCGUUGCCGCCACCUCCAAAUGCACAAGCAGUUCCUCUAGCAGCGCAGCCAUUCAGCAGCAGGGCAGGAGCAGCCGCAGGUAUGGUUCGACACCAAUUGGUACUGCUGUGCUUCAUGUUGUCCCCCCAGGGUACUAAGUUCAUGGCCAGGUGGACAGAUAAAGGACAGCUGGUUGUGCCAACGAUCGCCGUCAGCACUUCACCAACAACCAAAGAGGCCAUCAAAGCGAUUGCUUCAACUUUCAUCGCAGAUCGCUUCCCCUUUCGGUUGAUUCCGGGGAUAUGCAUUGGCCGAAAGACCAUAGCUGCGGCAGCGGGGGGAAGCUGGCAUUUUUCUAUUGGAAUGCUGGAUGUCAAGGAGACCAAGCUGGAUGAGCAUCGCAUUCACCAGAUCCAAAACUGGUGGCAAGGGCCACAGAUCUGGGCUCCAGCUUCAGAUACUAGAGGAGGUUGCGCCAUCCUGCUUCACAAAAAUCUUAACGCAGAGAUAUUGGAUCAGGAGUUUGACAUUUGGGGACGCUGGGCAUGGGUCCAGAUUCAACUGGGGACCAAGACCUGGACCCUUAUGACUAUUUAUGCACCAGCGGAGCCCGCUGAGCGGAGAUCCUUCUUUGAGGAAUUCCCAGCAAUCGUACCUGACGAGGACAAUGUUAUCUUGGCGGGGGACUUCAACGUGACUCUUGCACAUGGGCUCGACUCUCCCGAGGUGGCACCUAGGAGGACCGAUGCAGUGAUGCUGAGCAACUUUAUGGCAAGUAGAGGGUUAACAGACACGUUUCGCACCACACAUCCGUCUGAACCAGGCUUCACCUGGUUCUCCUCCCAGCAAACGGAAAACAGGCCGCCACCCAAGAGAAGGCUAGACCUCAUCUUGGCCAAGGGUGAACCUUGGCAGGCCUUAACCACCGUCGUCUAUAGCAUAGAGUCGUUGUUCGAUCAUCGCCCACUCACAGCUAAUUUCGAGCUGGCAACAAACCUUGCUCGGGGCCCCGGGACGUUCCGGUUUAAUACGGACCUGCUUAGUCUCCCAGGGGUCACAGAUUGGGUUGCAUCACACUGGAGGGAUUGGCAGCAAGUAAGACCUACCUUCGACACAAAAGCAAAUUGGCUGCAGAUGGGCAUCCGGAUCAUUACACGAACCCUGGAUGCCUUUUCAAGAAUGCAGGCGAGAACCAAACGGCAACAAGAAGAAGAAUGUCGUACCGUGAUUGCAGAAACGGAGGCAGAACUGGACAGGGGACCCUUGGCGGAACUCUACUGGCAACGCAGAAGGAACCGAUGGCUGCAAAGACUACAAAUGCUUUGGGCAAGGAGAGCCCAAGAGAAGGGGAUGAUCACCGGUGAUAGGCUUACUAAAGAAACCUUUCAGCGCCUAUGCCCACUGCGGGCUCACGCACUAAUAAGGGAGUUACAACACCCCUUCUAUCUGGAGGCAGCAGUCGCCAAGAGCUCCUCAGCAAUCGGGGAGCAUGCUCUGGCCUACUUCAGUGACAUACUGAGAAGCAGAAGACAGCCGGAUCUAACGUUGCAGCAACUGAGGGAUGAGCACGACAUGUGGCAGCACACUCAUGUGUGCCUGUCCCUGGAGGAGCAAGCUAUCCUCGAGUGUCCUAUCACUUUGGAAGAGUUAUGGGAAGCGGUCAAAAGCAUGGCACUUGAACGCAGGAACUGGCUCAUGAUUCUCGAGUACCUGAUCCAACAAGAGCUCUCCCUAUCACGUGGCGAGGAUGUCUGGUCCUGUGUAUUCAUGUCCUCUGAGUCAUUCGCUCGCAGACAGCUGUCUUCACCGCUGGCAAACGGACUGUGGACUGCUUGGACUCAGCUGCACCCGCCCCUCAAGAGAGAACCAGCAACGAAGGAAGAAGUGCUCAGGCAACAUAUCUUCGAUAAUGUCAACGUCUGCAACUGUCAAGGACAGAUCUUUGAGGCAACGGCAUCACCAGGGCACUUUGGGAGACGUUGGGUGGAGCGUGGAGUGACUACAAUCUGCGAUCUGUGGGAUGACGAGCAAGGAGAGUGGUUUCCAGAACUUCAGCUGAUGCGAAAGCUUAGUCGCCUUCAGCUCAUCUCCAGCAGAAGUUAGCAAAUUCAAGAGGGCAUCCCGACAUACUGGUUGGAAUUACUCACAGCGCACAAGCCAGUCGAAGGGGAAUGGUACAAGGAUGUGCAGGACACAG